AUGAUGGAGAACACGAGCGACAAGUUUUUCUACGUCUACAGCUCUUCGUUAGAUACCAGGAUACAAAUUAAGAUAGGUACGUUAGAGGGCAAGAGACACAGACCCGAGUACGACGAGCUGCUCUUGGAUCCUUUACUUAAGUACUCGGGCUUGUAUGAGAGUGGCGGAAUUCGUGGGGAUUUGGCUGCAUCUCUGCAGGUGUGGGCUGGUGGUAGACCUUUGGCCCUGCCUGUGCACACCGCCUACAAGCACUUUACCACCCGCUGGAACUGGAACCAGUGGGUAUAUCUACCACUUUCCUACACGGAUUUGCCACGUGACGCUCAGCUGUGUAUAACACUGUACGACUGUGCAGGGCCUGGUAGACAGAUUCCAGUGGGUGGUACGACUAUAUCGUUAUUCGGCAAGCAUGGAGUGUAUCGACAAGGUAUGCUGGAUCUUAGAGUGUGGCCUGGAAUAGAGGCCGAUGGCAGUGUUCCAACUAGCACCCCGGGAAAAGCUAGAGAUCAUGGGAAAGAACAGAUGCAGAGGCUUGCAAAGCUUGUGAAGAAACACAGAAACGGACAAAUAAACAAGAUCGAUUGGUUGGACAGAUUAACUUUCAGAGAGAUCGAAUUAAUUAAUGAGAGAGAGAAGAGAGCAUCGGAAUACUUGUACUUGAUGAUAGAAUUUCCCGAAGUAACAAUGGAUGGUGUACCGUAUUCAAUUGUAUAUUAUGAAAAAGAUGGUGAUGAGGUUUUUCAACAUAGAUUACAGCCAGAUGUUGUAACACUUCCUGACUUUGAAAUUUUACAAGAUAAUCUUGUGGAAGCAAAACACCAUAAAUUAGCGCGUAGUUUACGUAGUGGUGGUAAUACUCGCGAAUUGAAACCCACUUCGAUCGUACGGGAUGAUUUGAACAAGAUAUUGGGAUAUCCCCCGACAACUGCGCUUUCUACCGAGGAACAAGAUUUGAUUUGGAAGUAUAGAUUUUAUUUAUCUAGUCAGAAGAAGGCGUUGACCAAGUUUGUAAAAUGUGUUAACUGGAAAGUCGCUGGUGAGGAGCGCCAAGCUUUGGAGAUGCUAGCUUUAUGGGCUCCACCAGAUCCUGAGGAUGCCUUAGAACUACUAGGACCUGCGUUUACUCAUCCUGCUAUUAGGAGAUACGCGAUUAGCAGACUUAAUCAAGCGCCUGAUGAUGAUUUAAUGUUGUACUUGUUGCAAUUAGUGCAAGCAUUAAAGUAUGAAGAUUUUGAGAGUAUUAAGGCUGCUUAUCAAGUGAUGCUGAAGGAAAAGGAGGAAAGAGUAGAGUCGAAGAAUUGGAGCACCGAAAAGUUAGAAAGAAGUGAAAAAUUGGACAAAACGGAGAAACUCGAGAAAACUGAUAAAUUGGAUAAAGACAUAAGAAGCAGCGAUUCUACAUCUACCCCGGUUACUACUUCUAGUGAAUCUGAGAGUCAACUAUCGACGAGCCAAGAACCGCUUAUGGAUCUAGCAUCGUUUUUAAUUACUCGUGCUUGUCAAAACUCGAUGCUCGCUAAUUAUUUUUAUUGGUAUCUCUCUAUCGAGUGCGAGGAUCAGCUUGAUCCCGCGAUAAGCGCUAAACAAGAUACGCGAAUUAGAGAAAUGUAUGUUACCGUAAUGAAAAUGUUUUCCAUGAUGUUAGCACAGGGGAAUAUCAUCUGGCAAAAAAGAAGAGCGUUCCUCUUACGGCAGAAGGUGUUCAUUGAUCAACUGGUGUUUUUGGUAAAAGCGGUCGCGCGAGAAAGUGGAAAUCGCAAGAAAAAAACUGAUAGAUUGAGAGCAUUAUUGACGGAUCCAGAUCCGGCGUUCAAGAUUAAUUUCUCGAAUUUCGAGCCGAUACCCUUUCCUUUGGAUCCUGAAAUUUGUAUCAAGGGAAUUAUUCCAGAAAAAGCAAGUCUUUUCAAGUCUGCGCUUAUGCCAUCAAAACUCACAUUCUUGACGACAGAUAAUACUGAAUACAUUGCCAUCUUUAAACACGGAGAUGAUUUACGACAAGAUCAAUUAAUUUUGCAAACGAUAGCGCUUAUGGAUAAAUUGUUAAGAAGAGAGAAUUUGGAUUUGAAAUUAACUCCAUACAGAGUACUCGCAACAAGUACCAAGCAUGGUUUUGUACAAUUUAUCGAAUCUACAACGGUUGCGGAGGUUUUGGCUAACGAAGGAUCAAUAUUGAAUUUCUUUCGAAAGCAUCAUCCCUCUGAAACUGGACCCUACGGAGUAGUACCUGAAGUCAUGGAUACUUAUGUCCGCAGUUGUGCUGGUUAUUGCAUAAUUACGUAUGUAUUGGGUGUCGGCGAUCGCCACUUGGAUAAUCUACUUUUAACAGCAUCAGGCAAACUGUUUCACAUUGAUUUUGGAUAUAUCCUGGGUAGAGAUCCAAAACCUUUGCCUCCUCCGAUGAAGCUUAGCAAGGAGAUGGUCGAAGCUAUGGGUGGUGUUGGUUCCGAACAUUACCAUGAAUUCCGAAAGCAGUGUUACACGGCAUUCCUACAUUUGCGUAGACACGCCAAUUUGAUAUUGAAUCUAUUUUCAUUGAUGGUGGACGCCAGUGUACCCGAUAUCGCCCUGGAACCGGACAAAGCCGUAAAGAAAGUCCAGGAUAAAUUGCGACUGGACUUGAGCGACGAAGAGGCUGUGCACUAUGUGCAUAAUCUUCUAGAUUUAUCGGUCACCGCGGUGAUGGCUGUGUUGGUAGAACAACUUCACAAAUUUGCGCAGUAUUGGAGAAAGUAA